CUCCGCCCCUUCCCGCGGUUACCCGGCAACAAGUCCCGGAAGUCGGGAGGCGCAUCCGCAGCCAGCGCUGCCAAAUACUGGAAGAUGGCGGAGGGCGGAGGCUCUGAGGCGGGCGAGCAGAAGAGGAGGUCCUCCGGCCCGCGGCCCCCGAGCGCGCGGGAUUUACAGUUGGCCUUGGCAGAACUAUAUGAAGACGAAGUAAAAUGCAAAUCUUCCAAGACUGAAAGACCUAAAGCUACAGCCUUCAGGAGUCCAAGGACACCACCUCAGCGGUUUUAUUCAGGUGAACAUGAAUAUAGCGGAUUACAUAUAGUUCGUCCUUCAACUGGAAAAAUUGUGAAUGAACUUUUCAAAGAGGCAAGAGAGCAUGGUGCUGUCCCUCUGAAUGAAGCCACAAGAUCUGCAAGUGAUGACAAGUCGAAGUCCUUUACAGGUGGAGGAUACAGGUUGGGAAAUUCCUUUUGUAAGAGAUCUGAAUACAUCUAUGGAGAAAAUCAGCUGCAAGAUGUACAGGUUUUGCUUAAACUGUGGAGCAAUGGUUUCAGCUUAGAUGAUGGAGAAUUGAGACCUUACAGUGACCCAACAAAUGCUCAGUUUUUGGAAUCUGUUAAGCGAGGAGAGAUUCCCCUGGAGCUUCAGCGACUGGUCCAUGGGGGCCAGCUGAGCUUGGACAUGGAGGAUCAUCACGAUCAAGAAUACAUAAAGCCAAGGCUAAGGUUCAAGGCCUUCAGUGGAGAAGGCCAAAAACUUGGAAGCCUUACACCUGAGAUAGUCAGUACACCUUCCUCUCCUGAAGAAGAAAAUAAGUCAAUAGUUAAUGCAGUUGUCAAUAUUGAUGAUUCAGUGCCAACUACAAAAAUUCAAAUCAGGUUAGCAGAUGGGAGUCGUUUGAUACAAAGAUUCAACAGUACACACAGAAUCCUGGAUGUCCGGGACUUCAUUGUGCAGUCCCGUCCUGAAUUUGCAGCUCUUGACUUUAUUCUUGUGACUUCUUUUCCCAAUAAAGAUCUAACAGAUGAAACCCAGACGCUGCAAGAAGCAGAUAUUCUUAACACUGUGAUUCUCCAACAACUAAAAUAAUAUCAUGCCUAUCUAUGCAUUCAUACUGAUAAGGAAAAUACUUCCAGUGUAAAAGCAACCAGGUUAUUUUUAGCUUUUUUACCAAUAAAUUUUGGUUUUGUUGUUGUUCUUUCAGUCUUAGUACAGGUGAAUUUGGAUGGGAUUGUAUCUUGAGAUAAGUAUGUAUGAGUUUUAAUUGCAGGCUGGUUUAUGUUGAGAGAUUUUUAAAUAGACAAACUAGUUUUUUGCAUACUCAGUGCUAAGGUAACACUCGUUUUUAAGAAAAAAAAACAAAAUUGUUUUUUGAUAACUAUAUUCGAUAAAAUGUGCACUAAAGUUCCUUGAUAGGGCAUUGGCCAACAGCUUUGAGCAAUCAUUUGAUCAAAUAAGUUGAAACUUUUUCUGUCAUAUAUACUAAGAAAUAUAUAUUACAGUCUGAGUUUUCAAAUGGUUUUAUCAUGCAAUAAUUCUUCUUCUAUUAAGAUUUUAUAAAAUUCUCUUGCUUACUGAGUUAGGGAUACUAUGAAUGUCAGAAAAUACAUUUUGGAUUUAGUUUUUUGGUUUGGUUUGGUUUGGUUUUCCCCAUCUAAAACCAUUAUAUACUAGGAACAAAAAGACAAAGAUCAGCAAUUCUUGAGAAAAUAAGAUGAACAGCACUUUAUUAAAAUACAGUGAUUAGAAUCCCUUCCAGCACCUGCCAUUAUCACCUUCACUAAUUGGUUCAAUUCGUUUCUCCCCUAGGGUACCCACUGUACAAACUAAUCAGUCUUCUACCCAGAGUGUAUUCUGUUCUAAAACAGAAGUAGUGUGGAAAUACAGGAAUGCAGAUUCCUUCAGAGAGACUGAAUCUAAAGAAUCACCAGCCUAAGUGUUUGCAUUUCUGCUGAAGCCAAGCAUUUCCAGAACGAAGUAGAUAGUGUCAUGAAUAAUAGACAUGCGUUUACUUCUUCUCAGACACCAGCUCAUCUUUAAUCAUCACUUUGGGAUAGUUUGCCUUUAGUGCCAUAAUACAUUAGCUAAGUAAGUGACUUAAAAUAACGCAAAUCUUAUAAUUCUGAAGGUUAGAAGUCCAACAUAGAUUUAAUUGUUCUAAAGCCAAGACAUUAGCAGGGCUACAUUCUUUUUGAGAAGUUCUAGGGGGGGAUGACUCCCUUGUCCUUCUAGACUCCGGGGGCUACUCACUUGUGUUCUUGUAGUUUCUCUGUCCAUUUUAAGAGCCAACAUGCUUGGAUCUCUCUGACAACACUAGGAAAGGGUCUGUGCUUUUAAAGACUCACCACAGCAUUGCAUCCAUGGGAUAAUCCAGUUA